UGUAGUAUUGUGAGUGAAGUGUUUGUUGUGAGUCAGGUUAAGGAAAUAAACUUGAAGGAAUAAUGCCGGAAAAAUAUGGCUUCCGUUUUCAUCUAUCUUUGAAAUGGACUAAAGAUAUUUUCGCAUGUGAAUUGGGUAAUUGCUAGAUUUAUAUUGCUUUUAUAGGUAUCUACUACCUUAUAACUACUUAAUGAUUAAUGAAUAUUAAUACACAUGGGACCACCCACUAUUAUUUCAAUAAAACAUGAAGUCUGUUGAAAGGUGGCUCUGAAUAUUCAAAUGUCGUUCCUUACAUAAAACUUUCACCUUCAAUUGUUAUUCAAAUAAAAUAUUAUCAUUAAUCACGUAUUAAUUGCCACUACGCCCUUAGUUGUUCAAGGUGCUAAAAGUUCGGUAAAGUCACUUUGUAAAAUAGGUUACUUUCAUAAAUUAUACACCAUUUGUCGCCCUAAUGAUACACUUACAGCUAGUUCAAUAAAGGACAGUUAUAGAAAGUUGAAAGGUCAUAUUUAACACGUGUAUAACUUAAAAGGGCAAAUUAGGGCAAUAUAAAGGGAUGGAAGAGACGACAGCCGUCAGUUCGGUUGAAAAAUUCAAUCAGAAAAUACAAGAACUUCUUACAUUUGUCACCGUAGAUCCAGAUUUCUCACGAUGAGUUUCGCCAACAAAGUCGUGAUUAUAACCGGAGCUAGUUCAGGGAUUGGCGCGGCCACAGCCAUCCUUUUUUCUCAAGAAGGUGCGAACGUAGUUCUUGUGGGAAGGAACGAGAUCAAGCUAGCUAGUGUAGCUAGGAAAUGCGAGAACCCACUUAUUAUUAAAGCAGAUGUAACUGACAUGGAUGACGCGAAGAGAAUGAUCGCGGAAACAAUCGACACUCACGGGAAAAUAGACGUACUUGUAAACAAUGCGGGCAUUGUGAGAUACGAGAGCAUAUUAGACGAGAAUGUUCUAGAAACAUUCGAUGCUUUAAUCGACACUAACUUGCGAGCCCUAUUCAAUAUCACACGUUUAGCUGUACCAUACCUUAUAGAAACUAAAGGGAACAUUGUAAACAUAUCAAGUAUUGCCGGAAAAAUUGUUCCUGAUUCACGAUUGGUGGCUUACGGCAUAUCGAAAGCUGGUGUCGAUAAUUUUACUAAGGGACUCGCUUUGGAACUUUCGAAAUAUGGCGUGAGGGUCAACGCUAUAAGUCCUGGGCCGGUGAAAACUGAUAUUUUGGAAAAUGCUGGUGAUGAAACUCCUUGGGAAUGUUUUACGCCAGCUAUGCCUUUGGGGAAGGUGGGUGAACCUGAUGAUAUAGGGCAUCUGGUGCUGUUCUUGGCAAGUGAUAAGGCUGGCAGUAUUACUGGUGUUGAUUAUGUUUGUGAUAAUGGGGUUAUGUUGAAGUAGAGUAGUUUUUUUGAAUUUCUGCAUGUUAUUUUAAUGAGUGUUUAAUCAUAUUAAAGUAUUAUUUUAGUUGAUGUCAUAAUUGCUAGUAUUAAUUGUUGUGUGAUAUUAAGUGUCGUAGAAUAAAUUAAUGUUUCUUGAAAUCAAUAAAUAAAUUAUGUAUUUUU